GCAAAAACUGAAUAAAUUUCUAAAUAAAAAUAAAAGUUUCGCACCGUGUAAAAAUAUAUUUUCUCUAAUAAAAUUUAAAAAAAAGGUUAUUUAUGGCUGGAGUAGGUCAUUUUAAAUCUGCACAUUUUAACCAAAUAAUGCAGCUAAAAUAUAAAAACAAAUACAAAAAGAUUAAAAGAGUUAUAAAGAACUAUGUAUUUGAGAAUGCGGCACUGUGUGAUCAAAUAGCCCAAAUACAGCAGGAUAUAUUGGUAAUAAAAGAAGAACGGGAGUUUUUACUUCAAAAAAUCAUUGAAACCAAUGAUCCUGAAGUAGAAAAACUGAGACGACACAUUCAGAAUCAACCCCCACCUAAUCCUGAUGGAACCCUUGUUAACAUUCCUGGAAAGAGAGGUCCAAAAAAGAGAAUUAAUCCUGAUGGAACACCUAUACCAAAGACUAAAAAAGUGCAAGAUAAAACGCAAAAGGUAGAGGAGUUAAUAUUAGAUGACGAGGGUCGUCCAGUUUUGCCAAUAACAUGUAAUUCCGUAACAAUAAUUGCAAUUGGAGAAAUAGUCGGUGAAAACACUAAUUUCCACACAGAAAACUGGAUAUAUCCCGUAGGUUAUAUAGCGACCAGAGUUUAUGCUCAUCCCAAGGAACCUGAUAGAAAAUGUACUUUCACAUGUAAAAUAUUAGAUAAUUCUGGAACUCCGCAAUUUCAGAUAAUUCCAGAUGCAGAUUACGAUCAUGUAUUUUUUGGUGAAUCGGCUAACAUUUGCCAUUUGGGAUUAUUAAAUACUCUUAUCAAUAAUUCAAAAACAACUAAUUUACCAAUUAGAGCGCAGGGAGAAUUAUUUUUCGGUCUCGGUUUAUCUCCUGUUAAAAUGAUUUUAAAUAGUAAUUCUAAUAUAAAAAAGUGCCAGAAUUUUAAAGGAUUUAAACUUGAUUCUUUGGUGUCGGAUAUUGAAACAAAUGAUCCUACUCUAAAUUUUUACGCUCUACAAAAGUUUGUUGGAAUGGGUGCAACUUUCCAAGUUACUGAUGUCAAAGAUGAACCACCAGAAGAUUUAUUAGAAUAAAAACAACUAGAUAUAAGUUUAAGUAAUUGUUCAACUUUUUUGUACGUAUAAAGA